AGCACGACACACUCAAACACGCCUACUCUCCGUUGCUGUCCGUUCUAGAAGCAGUUGGGAGAGAACAGGAAAGCUGUCAUUGACCAAGGGAAAGGACUUUAACUUGACCCAGCGCCAGAUCGGAGCUGUCGCAUUUGGAUUGCAGUCAGAAUGGCCGAAUUGUUAUCGUUUCGCCGUGAUUUGGGGGGACAAAGAUUCCAGCUGGCAUCUGGCUUUUUCCUACAAUCGCGUUAACUUUUUCCCGUGUUCGUUCCAAGAUGGGCUGGUUCCUCACCAGCAGUAGUAGUCAUGGCUAUUUCUAUUUUCUUAGAGAUGUGUUUGUGUUAACGAUGCUCAUUUUUAGAGCUUUCAUUUUAUUUUUCCGGAAAGGAAAAGGGCAUCCGUGACUGUGGCCCUGUAACGUCAUGGUUUUACCUUCUGUAGCAGACAGAUGUGACGUCACGUUGGAUUUAGGUUUAAAGCCUGGUACCGUAGCAUAUAUGUAAAAAAUAAAAAAACAAUUUCAUACAUCCCAGGGCACAAUGGCAGCAGUAGAGGUGGAUCCGCCUCCCAACCCGACCUGCAAAAUCAUGACCUUUCGGCCCUCCAUGGAGGAGUUCAGGGACUUCAAUCAGUACCUGGUCCACAUGGAGUCCCUGGGAGCUCACCGCGCCGGGCUGGCCAAGGUGAUCCCGCCCAGCGGCUGGCGGCCCCGGCGCAGCUACGAUGACGUCGACGGGCUGGUGAUCCGGGCCCCCGUACAGCAGAUGGUGGCGGGGCAGUCUGGACUCUUCACCCAGUACAACAUCCAGAAGAAGGCCCUCAAAGUGCAGGAGUUCCGCAAGCUGGCCAACAGCCACCAAUACUGCACGCCUCGAUAUCUCAACUACGAGGACCUGGAGAGGAAGUACUGGAAGAACCUGACCUUCCUGGCUCCCAUCUACGGGGCCGACGUGAGCGGGACACUGUACGAUGAAGGCGUGGAGGAGUGGAACAUGGGCCGCUUGGACUCCAUCCUGGACGUGAUCGAAGAGGACUGCGGCGUCUCCAUACAGGGAGUCAACACCCCCUACCUGUAUUUUGGCAUGUGGAAGACCAGCUUCACCUGGCACACGGAGGACAUGGACCUCUACAGCAUCAACUACCUGCACUUCGGGGAGCCCAAGUCCUGGUACGCCGUUCCUCCGGAGCACGGGAAGAGGCUGGAGCGUCUGGCCUCAGGCUUCUUCCCCAGCGGCUUUCAGAGCUGUGAGGCUUUCCUUCGUCAUAAGAUGACCCUCAUAUCACCUUCCGUGCUGAAGAAAUACGGCAUCCCCUUCGACAAGAUCACUCAGGAGGCGGGGGAGUUCAUGAUCACCUUUCCCUACGGCUACCACGCCGGCUUCAACCACGGCUUCAACUGCGCCGAGUCCACCAACUUCGCCAGCCUGAGGUGGAUCAACUAUGGCAAGGUGGCCACUCAGUGCAACUGCAGCAAGGACAUGGUGAAGAUCUCCAUGAGCCCCUUCGUGAAGAGGUUCCAGCCGGACCGCUACAAGGCCUGGAAGCAGGGGAGGGACUACUGCGUCAUCGACCACGCCCGGCCGACGCCCGGCUCCACGCCCGAGCUCCAGGCCUGGCUGCAUCGGCGCAAGAGGCCCAGACCGUCUCCCAGCAGCCUCCAUUACCCCCGAACACGCUCCAAGAAGCUGAAGUUCGGGGAGCGGAUGGAGAUCCUGACAGACGGAGUGGCUGUCCAAUCCAGAGUGAGGAGAGAGACGGACAGGGGGGCGGAGCCUGAGUCGAACGGAGAGGCGGAGCCGGGCGGAGGGGAAAGCUCGCUCGGCCACACCCAGCGGGCGCGCACACCCCUGAAUCUGGCACGCUUCUCAGGCAAUAAGCAGAUAGUGGUGUGCGGUAAGAUCUGCACCGUCAGCGUGAGCCGGAUGGAGACCGUCGGCUUGGGCGCGGCGCGGCGCACGCUGAUCCACGGCGGAUUACCCGCCAAGUUCCGCCACCCCGCUUCCCCCGAAGCGGCCAGGCCAGAGCACGACGAAGAGGAGGAAGAGGACGGUGGGGAGCGGUGUCUUCCGAGGACCUCAGACCCGGCGUUCCUGGCUCCAGAGCUCCCGUCUUCAGACACGGGUCUGCCGGACGGCGUGGUCUUUCCGGAACUUUCCGUCGCCGUUUCUGACGAUGCUCCGGACGGCGGGACGUGCGCCCCUGAGUCGAACGGAGAGGCGGAGCCGGGCGGAGGGGAAAGCUCGCUCGGCCACACCCAGCGGGCGCGCACACCCCUGAAUCUGGCACGCUUCUCAGGCGAUAAGCCGCUAGUGGUGUGCGGUAAGAUCUGCACCGUCAGCGUGAGCCGGAUGGAGACCGUCGGCUUGGGCGCGGCACCAGAGGCUCUGAAGGCCAAUCCCGUUCCAGCAGCGCGUGAGGAGGAGGCGUGUCCUGGCCCGAGGCCUGUCGGCUGCGAUGCUGCAUCGCGUGGCUCCUCCCACCCCCCCUGCCCACCCAAACGCGUGUCGGACACCUCCUGCCAUCUCCUCCAGUGCAGCACCCCCACAGGCCCCUCCUCCCCCGCCCCGCUCAGCCUCCCUGCCCCCGUGCCCAGACCAGCGCCCGGCUCCCAAAUGCCCUCUCUGACCCCCGAGGUCACGGACGGGCCACCGUACCCACCUCCCGCCCGGCAGAUGCCCUCUCUCACCCCGGCGGUGGGGGGGGAGGCCGAGGUCCCGCCCUCGUUUCCCAGAGACCCCGUGGCCCCCGCGCUGUCCCGGGAAGUGACCGCGCCCGGCGGGACGGCCCGUGGGGCGGAGCCUGAAGCCCCCGUGUGGGGUCGCUUUGCGGAGGAGGAGGAGCCUCUGGGUCCGCCCGCCGCCCGGGUGCCGGUGCGCCUCCGCACGCUCCUCCCCGAGGAAGAGGAGGAGGAAAACGACGGGUUCCUACGUUCGGAAGAGGCGCCCAAAAAGAACGGCGUGCCUGCUCCUCGCCGGGGUACGGAAACGCCGGCGCCGGGGUCCGGAACCUUCCGCUCCGGAAUCUGGGACAGGCUGAUUUCCCAGGGCCCGGCGGUCCUGAUCGAGAGGCUGCACCCCGAGUUCCCCGUGCGUCUGGCCGAGGACGAGGACGAGGAGGGCGAGCGCUACGGCCUGAGGCCUCUGAGCCGCUCCGCCUGGCGCGGGACGGAGCCGGAGGACCCCGCGUCGCCGAAGAGCUCGCCCGCGGGACGCCCGGGUCACGCCGCGACGAAGGUCCGCCUCGCGCCCCGGAGUCCCGGGACGACGACGCCGGAAUCGGAAAAGGAGGAGGGGGCGGAUGGGCCCUCCCCGCGCGUGGAGCUGAUGCCGCUGGCUCCGGUCGCCUGGGAGACGAGGAUCCGGGGGUGCCGUGCCGCCCCCUCGCCCCCCCGGCGGGAGGCCCGCGGCGACUCGACCGACCCGGACAGCGGAGACGGCGGCGAGCUCGAGCCGGGGGAGAUACGCACUAAUUCCAGGCGGUUGGCGAAUAAGGUGGGCAAGAGGAGGGUGGCGAAGAGCUGGCGGUGCCCUCUGAGGAAGCCUCCUGCCCGAGCCAUGCCCAGCGCGGUCAGACGACAGUCCGCCAGCGACGAGGAGCUUCCGAAUCCUUCCCUGACGGAGGAGGAGGCGCAGGAGGCGGAGCCUUGGGCCAGGCCCCUCCUCCGCCUCUGGCGCAGCAGGAGGCCCAGCUUCCUCGCGGAGAGGGAGUACAACGCUGCGGCCGCCACGAUGGAGCCGCACUGCGCGGUGUGCACCCUGUUCAGGCCGUACUACAAGCCUGGCACCACGGCGGGGGACGGCGGGGUGGCGGCGACGGAGGAGGUCCCGGGUUCGACAGCGACUCUGACCGGCCUCCGGACCACGCCCUUAAUCCCGGAGCUCUGCUUCUCGAAACGGGAGUCCUGUCCGCCCAGCGCCCCUCUGGAGCAGGACGGCCCCAGCCUGCUGAUCUCCUGCAGGAGGUGCUGCGUGAGCGUCCACGCAAGUUGCUAUGGCGUUCCUGCGCAAGACGUCAGUGACAACUGGUCAUGUGAUCGAUGUGCGAAUGGAGACACGGCCGCUGACUGCUGCCUGUGUAAUCUCAGGGGUGGUGCUCUGAAACAAACCACCGACAACAAGUGGGCCCACGUCAUGUGCGCGGUGGCCAUCCCGGAGGUGAGGUUCGGGAACGAAGAAGAGCGGGACCCCAUCGACAUCAGCGGAAUCCCCCCUCAGAGGUACAAACUGAAGUGCGUCUACUGCCGUACGAGGAUUAAGGAGGUUCGGGGGGCGUGCGUCCAGUGCUCGAGCGGUCGCUGCCUCACUUCCUUCCAUGUGACCUGCGCCCACGCCGCUGGGGUCACCAUGGAGCCCGACGAUUGGCCGCACGCGGUGUUCGUCACCUGCCACCGGCACCAAUCACGGAGCUCUAGAGCUAAGGGCAGCGCUUGCAGGAAGGACAUCGUCCUCGGGCAGACGGUCAUCACGAAGCACAAAAACCUGCGCUACUACGGCUCCCGGGUCACGCACGUCCUGUCCCAGACCUGCUACGAGGUCAUGUUCGACGACGGCUCGUUCAGCAGCGACACCUUUCCGGAAGACAUCACAAGCAGGGACUGCGUUCUCCUGGGACCCCCGGAAGAGGGGGCGGCCGUGCAGGUGAAGUGGCCGGACGGGUUCUUUUACGAGGCCAGGUACCUGGGAUCCAGCACCUCCUCCAUGUACCAGGUGGAAUUUGAAGAUGGGUCCCAGGCCAUAGCAAAGCGAGAAGACGUGUACACUCUUGAUGAAGACCUACCCAAAAAGGUGAAAGGACGUCUUGUAAGUAUCUUUCCACCGCCUCCAGCAUGCGGUUCCAGGACGCGUUCCGCGCCCCCCCGAUCGGCGGGGAGGCGAAGCGGCAGAGGACCCCAAACUCCCGCUUCCAGAGGGACUACGUGGCCCCCCUGGGCCGCCGCGCCUGUGCGAAGAGCGCACUCCAGCCCAGGCCCAGGGGCGGGGGGGGGGAGAAAUGACCGGGAGGACCCACCAGACCGGGAGGACCAUCAGCACAUUCGAUAAAAAAAACAAAAAAAAAACGAUAAAUAAAAACGAACGGAAGAAAAACUGAAGGUUUCCGGCUAGCGAAGACGCCGAUCUAUUUUUGUCACUGAACCGGUCGUCCACAAAAGGUUGCUCCGUUCUUUCGUAAGAAUGACAUCUAUAUUUGUUUGCAUAAUGUUUUCUAAAAAAAAAAAAAAAAUGAUUAAGCCUAAAAGAAUGUUUUUUUUUUUUUCGUUUUUUUUUAAAUAUACUUUUCAAGAAUUGCGUGACCUUUCUAAACUUGGGAAGCUUUUGACCGGACCCUCGCUUGUUUUUAAACGGCUGACGUAACGUGAAGUCUUGGAUUUGCCUUUUUGCUUUUUUAUAUGCUGCGCAUGGUAAUAAGUGCCCACUUUUUUGCCUCUCUUGAGAAAUUUGUGAAUCAUUUGAUAUGUGAAAUUGCAAGUUAAAUAACUGUUAUUUAAAGCGCAUCUUCAGAUUUGACAUAUGCUUUUGUAAUAAUUUAUUGAGAUUUACAGUACAUUUUAAAUGUAUAUUUGGGUAACGGAAAAUUAAAAGGUUCAGUUAUGCCGUUAAGUCAUUUGA